CAGCCCGGCUGGGCCCUCACCUGCGCCGCGUUCCCCUCCCCUCCCCUCCUCUCCCGCAGGUUCGUGGAGACGGUGGAGCUGCAGAUCAGCCUCAAGAACUACGACCCGCAGAAAGACAAGCGGUUCUCCGGCACCGUCAGGCUGAAAUCAACCCCACGGCCCAAGUUCUCUGUGUGUCUGCUGGGGGACCAGCAGCACUGCGAUGAGGCCAAAGCCGUUGACAUCCCUCACAUGGACAUAGAGGCUCUGAAGAAACUCAACAAGAACAAGAAGCUGGUGAAGAAGCUGGCCAAGAAGUACGACGCCUUCCUGGCUUCCGAGUCUCUGAUCAAGCAGAUUCCUCGGAUCCUGGGCCCGGGUCUGAACAAAGCUGGCAAAUUCCCUUCCCUCCUUACUCACAACGAGAACCUGGUGGCCAAGGUGGAUGAGGUCAAGUCCACCAUCAAGUUCCAGAUGAAGAAGGUGCUCUGUCUGGCUGUGGCCGUUGGUCACGUGAAGAUGACAGAGGAUGAGCUGGUCUACAACAUCCACCUGGCCAUCAACUUCCUGGUGUCCCUGCUGAAGAAGAACUGGCAGAACGUGCGUGCCUUGUACAUCAAGAGCACCAUGGGGAAGCCCCAGCGCCUCUACUGAGGGGGCAGCAAUAAACUUUUAAGACACCU